AUGGCACUCGGAGAACAUGAGUCAACAAAGGUGAAAGGCUUUAAAUUUGUGCUGAUUGAGGAAUGUCCUGUUAAGUCGGAUGAACCCACUGAUGAUGAGAUUAAAGCAUACGAUAAGUGGGUUAAGGCUGACGAGAUAGCAAGAUGCUACAUUUUUGCCUCUAUGGAAAAUGUGUUGCAGCAUCAACAUCAUUCCAUGACUACUGCUUAUGAUAUGCUUGAAUCUCUCAAAGAGAUGUUCGAAGAGCGAAAUCAUGCUGCAAAGCAGACGGACAUGAAAGAAGCUCUUUUGAGCACAAAAAUGGUUGAAGGAACUUCGGUAAGGGAAUAUGUUCUUAAAAUGAUGAGUCUAUUGAACGAGCUGGAAAUUCUUGGUGUGGUUAUUGAUAAGGAGUCUCAGGUUGAGAUGGUCCUAUAG